CUGUGGCAUCGGACCGUCGGUUAGCCACUAUGAAUCCAUGAGCAACUUCUGACGGCAAAUGACGACUUUUCGCUUGAUAAUCCAUUUUUCAAUUUUUUAUUUUUUUUGCUAAAGCUCUGUAAGCCGACAUACUCCACCUGGACGCGGCGAACGACGCAGAGGACCCCGACAGCGCUUCGUUCAGUUUCUGUCUUUUCAGCUGUCUCGAAAUCUGCAUCAUCUGACAGCACAGAGUGUCGGUCCAUACAAAAGAUGGAGAUACUGGACAACGUAGACAAGGAAGGGAUGGAGUUGGACGGAUCAGCCAUCACACCAGGACUUUUUAACACCAGCCUAGAUGGCGGCACCAACAUCACCAACAUUACUUUUUUUCCCUACUACCAGCACUCCGUGUAUGUGGCUGCCAGCUAUAUCCUGGCUUACUCCUUCAUCUUCUUGCUGUGUAUGGUGGGUAACAUCCUGGUGUGUUUAAUCAUUCUGGAGAACCGACGAAUGCGCACAGUAACCAACCUCUUCAUCCUCAACCUGGCAAUCAGCGACCUCCUGGUGGGAAUCUUUUGUAUUCCCACAACACUCGUGGACAACCUCAUUACAGGUUGGCCCUUUUCCAACACUGUGUGCAAGACGAGCGGCUUUGUGCAGGGCGUGUCUGUGUCUGCAUCAGUCUUCACCCUGGUGGCUAUUGCUGUCGAAAGGUUUCGCUGCAUAGUGUAUCCUUUACAACCCAAGCUGACUCUGUUCGUUGCCAAGGCAGCCAUUGUGUCAAUCUGGGUGCUAGCCGUGGCAAUCAUGUGUCCUGCUGUGGUGGCUCUGACAGUGGAGAAAGUCCCAUUCCAUUACAUGGUGUACAAUGAUGACUUCAAUCACACAUUCCCUUUGUACACCUGCUAUGAAAACUUUGCCAACCCUCAGAUGCGAAAGGUCUACACAGCGGUUCUGUUUGCUCACAUCUACCUGGUUCCCCUCACAGUAAUCACACUGAUGUACGGAAGCAUUGGAGUCAAACUGUGCUCCUCUGUGGUCGCAAACAGAGAGCCUCAGCUGGCCAACGCCGCAGUCCAGGCAGCGGGCAGAAGACGUGGUCAGCUGAUGAUAUCGCAGAAAAAGAUCAAGGUGAUAAAGAUGCUUAUCGUGGUGGCUUUGCUUUUUAUGCUGUCCUGGUUGCCGUUGUGGACACUCAUGAUGAUGACAGACUAUGCGGGUUUGGACAGGGAUCAGCUGGACCUUCUGACCAGCUACAUCUUCCCUUUUGCUCACUGGCUGGCUUUCUCCAACUCCAGCGUAAACCCCAUCAUCUACGGCUACUACAAUGAGAACUUUAAGAGGGGUUUCCAGGCGGUGUGCAAGUCCAGGCCCUUCUGCUGCCUUGUGCAGUGCCAGCUGUGGAGCAGGAUAGCCAGGUGGGGAAGGAAAGGAAGGUUGGAGCAAGCUCCAUGUGGAGGUACUAAUUUCAGAGAUUCCGCCAACAAUCACAGUCACUUCGUACUGGGACUGAGGAAUCGAGUCCAUAACGACAACAAACUGAGUGACGCAGUGGUGGUGAAGAAGAAUGUGAGGAUGGAAUGUGUGGUGGUUCACUCAGGGAAAAGUCUUUCAAACCAAGAUUUAGAAAUGGUAGCUGUUCGUAACAAAAGCAGCAACGGAGAAGGGUCAGAAAAGGCCAGUUCGCUGGGAGUCUCAGUCUAUCAGGCAUGGGAUAACUGA